GAGGGGGUCCGAGGGAGGCGACGCCGUUGCCGGAAGGCGACGCCGUUGCCUGGAGACAGCGUGGGACGCCGUUGCCAGGAGAUGGCAGUCUCCCCGCACCCGCAAGCCAUCCAGGGCAGUGAGAAGUAGUUGGACGGAUCUGAUCGGAGCCAAGUCAUGGCCGGUCGCCAAAAGGAGGUGAUCAUCGAUGAGGUCCAUCAGAACCAGAUCCUGCGCGAAUUGUACCUCAAAGAGCUUAGAACCCAGAAACUCUACACAGAGUACCACAUGAAUCCCCUCCGCAAGGUUCACACAAUCACCAGAAAGCCCAUGUCUUGGCAUGAUAACCUGGAGGAACCUGAAGAUGCCAGGUUUCUAAAUCUUCUUCACCAUGCUGCCCUGGGGCCAAAGAAGAAAUACCCAGAGACACAGACUGAAAGCCAAGAAAUCGGAUGGGACUCAGAGCCCUUGAAUAAGAAAAGAAAAAGAAAAAAGUGGAAUAGAUGGACAGGCAAACAGAAAGGAAUACGAUGGAAAUUACAUCCAGUUUCCCCUAAAGUCAAACUAUGAAGUACUUUAUAGUCUGUACCUAAGCAGGUGGAGAGACUUGUGUUCCUAGAGCACAGUUGGUGAGUUGGCCAGGGGUUGGUGUAACAACUCCAUUUCUCCACUAGAUGGUGCUGCUUAGCUUACUGGGGUGGAUUGUUGUGGCACGUGUGUAUAU